AUGUUCUCUACUCAAGCCGUUCGAUAUUCUCCUCCUUCUUCUUCUUCUGCAGCUAUUAUGACAGAUCAACAGGACUCAACUGAAAGCAAUGAAACUCCUCAGGAUAAAGUUACUAAACGAUUUGAUCAAUUGGAAGCUAUUCAUCCUUACACUCAAAAAGCUAUUGCAAGAGUAUUCAAGUACGAAGAAAUGUCUGUUGUACAAGAUGCUGUUCUGUCUCGACUUCCUAAUGGAAAUGAUAUGUUCGUCAAGGCAAAGACAGGAACUGGCAAGACCCUGGCAUUUUUGAUAGCGGCAUUAGAAACUGCGUUGGACGGUAAAUCAAGAAAGGAUCUUCAAAAUUGUGAUGGUACAUCUAUUCUAGUUAUUUCUCCUACUCGUGAAUUAGCCUAUCAGAUUGCUGAAGAAGCCAAAAAAUUAACAAGAUUUUUUCCAUUUGGUGUUCACUGUUUGGUGGGUGGUGACUCGAAACGAAGACAAAUUCAUAAUUUGGAACGUGGACGGUGUGAUAUUGUGGUGGCUACUCCUGGACGUUUAAAUGAUAUGUUAUCAUCCGUACGACAUUUGAAAAACGCCUGUGAAAAUCUCAAAGUGCUUGUUUUGGAUGAAGCUGAUCAAUUGUUGGAUAUGGGAUUCAAGCAAGAAUUGAAACAAAUCUUGGCUCAGUUACCUGAUGAACGUCAAACCAUGUUAUUCUCUGCUACCAUCUCUAAAGAUAUUCGUAAAAAUCUCGGUGAUUUUGCUCUUUCUUCUCAACAUGAUCUUAUCGACACUGUUGGAAAGGAUGAAGUCAAUACACAUUUACAUGUCAAACAAUCUGCUUUGGUCACUCCCUAUCAAGGACAAUUACAACUGUUACAACACCUACUCUCCAACUAUGAAGCUGCUAACGCUGGAAAAGUCAUUGUCUUCUUACCUACCACCAAACAAACCAUGGUUUAUGCUCAACUUUUCAAAUACCUUUUACCCAAUCGUGUUGUCCAUGAAAUCCAUUCCCGCAAGUCUCAAGAUCAACGUUCCCGUAUUGCCAAUAAAUUCCGCAAUAGUAAAGGUGGUAUUUUAUUUACAUCUGAUGUAUCUGCUCGUGGUGUAGAUUAUCCUGGUGUCAGUCUUGUCGUUCAAGUUGGUAUCCCUUCCACAAGAGAACAAUAUAUUCAUCGUUUAGGUCGUACUGGUCGUGCUGGUCGUGAAGGCGAAGGUAUCAUUGUUGUUGCUCCAUUUGAAAAAGAAUUUUUGAAAAAGGACAUUGGUGAUUUACCUAUUCAAAAAUUGGAACCUCCUGCUUUGGAUGAAAAACAAGUGACCGUUAAUGAACGUGCUAUCGACUAUGCUUUGAAAUCAUUGGAUGAUGAAAUGAUUCGUGAAGUAUAUACUGGUUAUCUCGGAUACUACUCUAGCCGUAUGCCUCAACUUGGAAAGUAUCGUGCUGAAGCUCUUGAUGAAGCCAAGCUUUUCUUAGAAGGUAUAGGCAUCACUGAUAUUCCUCAUCUCUCACAAAGAUUCUUACAACAACUUGGACUGGACGAUCGUGCUCCUCGCUCUCCAUUUACUGAUCGACGAAAGCGAUUUGGUGAUCAACGAAAUCGAUUCGAUGACCGACGAAAUAGAUUUGAUGAUCAACGCAAUCGUUUUGGUGAUAGACGAAGCAAUGAUAGAUUCGAUGACCGUCGACGCCCUGAUAGAUUUGAUGAUCGUCGAAAUGACAGAUUCAAUGAUAGACGCAAUGAUAGAUUUGGUGAUAGACGACAAAGAGAAGACAGUUUUGGUGACCGAAGAUAUCGAUCAAGCAACAAAAAAGAUAAUGACGACUUCUUUUAG